AUGGCGGACAAUGAACGGAACGACGCGUCUUUUGAGGAGGAGGAUCACAGGGUCGCAUUCAUUUUCAACGCCCCUAAUCAGACACUGGACAGCCCUCAGGCCAGUAAAUUGUCUGGGGAUGCGCACCCAGCAAAGAGGCGCAAGACGACCAAGGCAGAGCAGCAGGAAACAGAGCAAGCAGAUAGCAGCAGGUUGAGUGCUGCAGGAACCGGGACAACAUUUCCGGUUCUGUUUAACGGUGCGGAGAGCCUUGAGGCGGCGAGGUUGCGGAGAGAACUGUUUGAAAGGAGUUGGCCUGUUUUAGAGGGGCGGAUUCAGCGUGUCUUAAGAGAAGCCAACACCAAUACGUUGGACGAGGUCUCGUCGUUUUUGCAGCAGGCAGCCGAGACGGAGACAGACAAGCUCACGGCCGGCUUCAUCAUCACAGGCCCGAACAUCGCCUCACAGGACCUGCUGUUUGAGCAGUUGGCUGAGCGGCUCCGGACGGCAGCACAGGCGCGAUUUGUACGGUUGCGGGCCGCCGAGGCGCCGAAUCUGAAAGCGGUGCUAAAGAAGAUCAUUCGUGAUGCCACGGCGAGGACUGCGGAUGAGGAAGAGGGGGUGGAUGUGGAUGUGAUGACACAGGGUGGGAGGAAAUACUUGGACUACGAUCUUGAGGUGUUGCACGUGUUUUUGAAGAACCAGAAGCAACAGCAGCAUCAACGGCGCGUCGUCGUCGCCUUCCAAGACAGCGAAGCAUUCGAGAGCGGCCUCCUCACCGAUCUGACCGCGCUCUUCCACUCAUGGCGCGACCGCAUCCGGUUCGACCUCUUGUUCGGCGUGGCCACGUCGGUCGAGUUGUUCCAGGCGCGACUGCUCAAGUCAACGGCGCGACAGCUGUACGGCGCGCAGUUCGACGUGGUGCAGGCGCACUCGGUGCUCGAGACGGUCAUCCGGACGGCCGUGGCGGGCACGCAGGCGACGGUGCGCGUCGGGCCGGCACUGCUGCGGAGCCUGGUCGAGCGCCAGCAGGACCAGGUCGCGGGUGUGCAGAUGUUUGUCAGCUCGCUCCAGUACGCGUACAUGUGCCACUUUUACGCGAACCCGCUGAGUGUGCUGCUGACGGACGCCGCGGUGUUGCAACGGCGUGAAGGUGGAGGCGUCCUGCAGCCGGAACAUAUACAGGCGGUGCGGACGCUGGAUUCGUUCCAGGCCGAAGUCGAGGCGGCGGUGGAGGCGAGACAGCUGGGCCAUGCGCAGUCGCUGCUCGAGGACGACGACUACCUUGUAGCGCGGAUCCGGGAGCAGGGUCAAAAGCGUCGGGAGUAUGUGCUGCAACUGCUGCGUUCUCUCCACCUCGUGGUUUCUUCUGGGCUUAGCUCGGCCUCGUUCACGGAUCUGUACACCCUCGCGCUCAGCAGUGGCAUCGCGAUCAGCCAGGCAUCGGGAACGGUACCCCUAGAAGACGCCAUCAAACGGGUUGAACCAGACGAGUUCCUGGCCCUAACCACCCGCCUUCUAUCCGCCAUCCACACCGGCAGCCCAGACCUCGGCCUCGACGGCUGGGCCGCGGCCGCGGAAGACGUCGUCUUGUCCCUGACCGACCUUCGCGACGAAGUCGAGGGCCUUAUCGAACGAUCCAAAAGCAACAACUCUACGGGUGGUCCAAACAAACCCCGCCCAACCCUCAAAAGCAAAUACAGCGCCCAAAGCCGGAUCCUGCGCACCACCGUGGUCGCUCAAAAAGUCCAACUCAGCCAUGACUCGGCCACGCUAACAGACGAGGACAAGGCCUACACGGCCGCCAUCGAUACCCUGUACGCCCUUCUCCACGAGACCAUCCACUGCGCGCCCGCCAUCACGGAUGCCGAACACAAUCUCUUCCUCCACGAGGCCUGGUUCAUCGAUACCACCUCAACCUCUUCCUCUUCCUCCGCCUCUCUAUUCCGCGAUAUCUUCGUCCCCCGCCCGGGGGCUACUUUUGCCCGCGCCCUCGCCCGACCGCAUGAUUACCUAGGGUGUGCGUGCUGUGGGAGGAAGAAAAGAAAAGGAAGAGGUGAUAGAGCCAGCGGACCUGGACUCGGAACUGUCCUUGGUACGUCGCCCGCGACGGCAGUGCUACACCAACUUCUCCUGGAGACGGGCGCGCUGGUGAACGUGGCGGAUCUGUGGACGGCGUAUUCCGCGUUGGUGGCUAAACAAGGACAAAGCGGUGAAGACGGAGAAGAUGAGGAUGAGGAUGAGGAUGAGGGACGAAAGAGGGAGCUGCUGGUUGGGUUUUAUCGUGGGUUGGCUGAGUUACGGGUUAUGGGGUUUGUGAAGGGGAGUAAGAAGAAGGUGGAUCAUGUUGCUAAGGUGAAGUGGCUUUGA